UUCUGUGGGACCAGGCUCCAGGCAGGGCCUCCUGCAUGGGAUUUCUGGCCUGUUUACAUCAGAAGCUAGACAAGAUGAUCUUGAAAUUCUUCUGUCUUUAAGCUUCCCCCAGGAGCAAUGUCUAAAUCAGCUAUGGGCAGCAGAGCAGGAUCCAGUCCCAGGAAAUCCAUUCUGUGUAUAGCCAAAGAAGCAUUGGAGUCUGUGCUGCACACAGAGCCACAAGGAGUCUGGCUCUAAAUCAGCUUGGUGUCACACCUGGCCUGACCACCUGCUUGUAGAAAAAGGUAGCACCAAGUGCAUGAGAUGAGGUAAGUUAGCUGAGCAAAUAUACCCUGUGGUAGUCAAGCUGUGCCCAAGUGGAAAGCAGGCCCUGCAGGAAAAGCUGGGUUGGUUUGUUAGCCUGAGAGCACUUUCUCACUCUGCCUGCCUGCUGCAGUGAAACAAAUGAAAUUAUUUGCUUUCUAGUAAUUUAAAUAUUAAUUACUUAGAGCAUCAGGGAUUGUUCCCUUGGUUAAGGCCAAAUUCUGCUGUGGUUUACACCCUAAAUUACCUUGGCAUAAGCCCACUCAGGGCAUUCAUCGUUUUGCUCUGUACAAUGGAGAGUUUGGCCCAGUGGGCAACAGCUGCAGUUGUGUCCUUCCUCUAAGGAGCACUGCCAAUGCCUGGGGGUCAGGCUGAUGGCAGAAAACUGUCUGUGAAGGUGCAGUGGCCUCAAAGACAAGAUUCCACCUAAAUGUAGUUUCAACCCUUGGACUUAACCUGUUCAAGUGUUUGUUUAAUGCAGCUUCCAAAUAAAAGAUGCAGUCAAUCUUUCUCAGUACCUGCAAGCUGUGCUUGCUGAGAGCUGCUAACUCACUUGGCUAUCCAGGUUCCCUUGGAACACUCUUUUUUCCCAAUCUGUUGUCCUUUCUAUGAAGGAAUUACUUUGAUGUAGACAGUGAAACACCAAGAGUUACAUUUUAACAAUAAUGAGAGGAUGCAAGUGCCAGGAGGGUUUGUCUUGGUUUGAUUAUUGACACCAGUGUGGUCACUGGAAGUCCAUUUCUCUCAGCAGAUCUUCUACUGAUAAUUAGGAGUAGAUUUGUGUAACUGCCUCACAAGGGAAACCUGAGGGUCAGCACACUGCAAAGGACUAAGUUUCACCACUCUGCCACAUACAGUCUUCCUGAUGAGAUGGGAAACCAAAAGCACAGUGCUCAGGGAGUGUGGUACAAACCAGUCACAUCACCUUCCAGGUUGAAAUGCAUUUUGAGUUACUGCUUGGCAACAGACUUUGAAAUGUUUCUUCUGGGCUGAGUAUGCUGGUCCAGAAUCACAGUUAUCAGCACUGUCAGCAUCUCUCCCAGCAAACAUGUUCUUGUGAGCAGUGCCAGCUCCCAUUUCUUGGAAGACUUGCUCAAUGAAGCCUCUGCUUCCGGUGACAUGCAGCAAACGUGCAGGAAGGCCUCAUGUGGGAGGUGUCCCUGGGAUGAGGCUGACCCUUAUCUUGCCUGCCAGCUGCAAGAGGAUUAUCCAGAAGCUCAGCUAUGCAGCUGCAGGAACUCUUGCACUGGCUGGACUGCCUUGAGACCUUCAUCUUGUGUUGUAAAGCCAUCAAGAAAGCAAGGAUUGAACUACUCUGGUAAGUCAACAAAGCUGUCUUCUGUUCUUUUUUCUUCUCAUUUGGUUGACAGAUGGCACAGCAAAGCUCUGUGGCAGGUGUGUGUAGUUGUUCUCCUAGAGAAGUUACAGCAGCUCCUGUUUGGCAAUGGUAGGAGACUGCAGUACAAAGGGAGCCUAUUGACCCCUGUUUUCCAGCAUGGUCACAGCUCCAGAAGGUGGUUGUGAAAAACUCUUCUGAUCUCCACCCUUAGUGGUCAGCACUCUCUCUGCUGGCCGAGGACUGUUUAAACACUUCUUUUCAAACCUGGAAAUGCUCCUUUUUGUUUGUGGUAACAGUACAUUUAUUUCUCAGCCUCUUGCAGUUUGCAUGAACAAAGCUUUGCUCACAAGUGCAAUUCAGAGCUAUGAUAAGGCACCAGCAGUUUUAUAUUCUAAUUUUUGAUUCCUUGGCACAAAUUUUCUUGGCUACCCUAGUAAAGUGCCUCAAGUAAUACUGAAAACACAGGCAGCUCUUGUACACUUCUGAGAACUGGAGAAAAAAGAUUUGAUGGCUGUAGCUAAGCCUUCCAGUAGCCAUCUGUUCGUAUCCCACCUCAAAUCCAAGAUUGGAAGACCAGGAACGUUCUCCUAUAAAGCAAAUGUUAUUUGCACAACACCUCUUUUAACUUUAUUCUUUCCAGAGUUCUCACAUCUCCUGUAAGGACAGCAAAGCCACUCACUUGCAGAAACUCAUCCUCGGAGCAAACCAGCGCAAGGCCUGGGCUGUGGUGUCUGUCCCGCAGUGCGUGGGGUGUCUACUUAUCCAGACUCACCAGAGGAGUGUUUACAAGUGAAGAUGAAUGGUGGAAUUCUCUUCUUGUCCCUCCUUGGCUUCCUCCCGUUCGUGACACCCACAUGCCCUGUGCCAUGCAAGUGUGCCACCAACAUUAUCGACUGCACGUCAAAAGGCCUGACUGUAGCAGAACUACCAGUUGCUUUCCGUCCUUCAGCCGAAGUUAUCCACCUUGCUUACAACAAGCUCACCUCUAUUCCCAAUGGGCUCUUUGACAACCUAAGGAGCCUCCAGGUAGUCUACCUGCAGGGCAACCCUUGGGAGUGCAACUGUGACAUCCUCUACUUGCGUUCCUGGCUCCAGUGGCAGCAGAACCGGACCUUAUACAGGGAUGUGAGAUGUACUUCCCCAGCUCACCUUCAGGAUCGGAUCAUUGCCUAUCUGACAGAAGACGAGAUCAUCUCCACCUGCCAGUACUGGUACUGCAGCCUGGCUCUCCUCUCUCAGCUCUGCCUCUUCAUUCUCCUUCUCCUCCAAAGUAUCUUGGUUAUCUUCAUCAUUGUCUACCUGCAGAAAUUUCGGAGAAUGACCGCUGAAGCCCGGAGCACCACCCAGGAUCUGCACCAGCACGUAGAUACCUGAGUAUCAUCUUCAAGAAGUCCCUAAACAGUGAUUGAUUUCACACGACUGAAGGCUCUUCUCCCUCUUGGGUGAUGCUCUGCUGAGGUCAUGUGGCUUGUGGUACUGAAAGAGGCCAGUUCAGUGCAGCAUCUGAUCUGACUGCAGUCUGAAACAGGGCUCAAACUCAUCAGACACUUGCUGUAUUUCCAAAGACUUGAUCGUGUGGGUGUUCUAGUGCUUUAAAUUCUGUAGUGUGAUCUUGAUUGCUUUGCAGAACUGGGAGAGGUUCUGAUUUGGUAGACUAAGAAAAUCAUAAACUGCACUAACCAGAAGUGACUCAAACUGUUCAUGAGCUCGUAGGGGCCUACAGUCCUUGGUCCCUUCUACGCAGAGUAUUUCUGCCAUACUUUCCACUGUGCUUCUCAUUGCAUUGGGUCAGGUGAGGGCAGAGGCAGACAGUGAACACUUAAGAUACUGGACUAGGACAAUGGAGAAGUAGUUUCCUUGGUGUUACCACAGCUUGCCUUAGUGACUUUGAGUGCUUCUCCUUGCCCAGUGUUUGGGGGGAAGGGAGUGAAUGUUCAGAAGCCUAGCCCGCUUCACCCUAUCUCCAUUCCUUUAAAUCUGCUUGUGGUUUAAUACUGACUUCCAUGCAUACUGAGUCAGACUGGGACCCCGCAUGAUUAGGAGAAGUUCAACCUGAAGCCAGGAGCUGUGGAGACCAGAGGCUCUUUCUGACUCUGCUUGUGCAGCACCUGGCACAAGAGAGCUGGUUCUCUUUGGAGCCUCAAGCUGCGACACCUACUGAAGUGCCCACAGCUGGUUAUGAUGUCCCUUCAUUAUUUUUGGAACAAAGCAAAAUUGGAGUAAAACAGUGGUGCAUGAUGGCAA